AUAACGCUGAAUUUGUGACGUCCUUACCGCCCCCCAACCCCACCCGACAGCCUAGAAGGUGGUGCCUGGUGACGUCACAGACGCCGCCAUGUCGCGGUGUUGUUGGUGCGCCGGCUCGGGGACGAUGUUGUUGUUUUUCUUGUGUUGGGCGUCUUUUCGGUGGACGAUUGUCGCGGCGGAGUUUGCGGAGGAGGUGGGCAGCUGCCACAACCUGAGACUCGGACAGUAUUUGUGUCACGAUCCCAAGAUCGACGAGGUCACUCAGGAGCCCCAAAAUUGCCAAGACGCCACCGCCUGGGUGGAGUGUCUUCCGGCUCCAAACGUCACCUGUCGCCUGUCCAACGGGACGCAAUUCCACUUCAGCGGGGAGGAGGUGGGCUUCAAUCGCAGCAUUCCCUGUCGGAACGUGAGCGGCUACUCGUACAAGGUGGCGGUGGCGUUGUCGCUCUUCCUGGGCUGGCUGGGCGCCGACCGCUUCUACCUGGGUUACCCUGCGCUCGGCGUGCUGAAGUUCUGCACGGUGGGCUUCUGCGGCAUCGGCACGCUGGUGGACUUCAUCCUCAUCGCCAUGCAGAUGGUGGGCCCGUCGGACGGCUCCGACUACAUCGUGGACUACUACGGCGCCCGCCUCAGCCGCCUGGCCGUCACCGAGCACACGUACAAGAAGCCGCACCUGGCCCAGUGACCCGAGGUGCCCCCUCCCCCGGCGCUCCGGACUGUUGGCCGCAGACAAAAGCCUCCGAAUGGGAAGCGCCGACCCAAA